AUGCUCAGAACUGCUGUAAGAUACUUCUCAAUAGGCAGUAUUUUGCGCUCCCCGGAGACUGUAGCUGCAGCUGCUGGCGCAGCCUCAGUAACGGCAUCUUCACCGCCCAGUGAUUCAGGUGCAGCCGUCCCAAUCACCACAGCUGCGAAGCUUCUACGCCCACUCGAUAUGUCCAGAUCUAAAAGAAGAAAUAUCAUCAGAAGAGAAAAGAGAAUGAAAAGACAAAUCAUCAGGGAUGUCAACAAUGCCAAAAAAUUGGAACUUCGUAACGUUAAAUUCCAUGUAGAUCCAGUUCUUGGUGACCCUAACAAUGAGUUCAUUCACAGAAUAAGAGCUGAACUUAACGAGGAGACAAACUUGGCCAACAACUAUGAACAAGAAGAAUUAGUGAAAUUACUUUACGGUGCUGAAAAGGCCGCCAUAACUAAGAACUCUAUACUGCAGAACAACUCCAUUCUCUUCAAUUCGAUCACCGACAUCGAACAGAAGAAGAAGAGAGCCGUCUUGACCAUAUUGAACAUGAAGAACACUAACCUGCAGGACAAGAAGAAGUUAGCAGUGAAGAUUGCCCAAAGAGAAUUCCAAAACAAGGAAGGUGACACUGGAUCAGCCGAAGUCCAAGCGGCUAUUUUAACAGUCAGAAUCCAUUUCCUUAUGGACCACAUCAAAGAAAACUUCAAAGAUAAGGCAAAUAUCCAAUGUCUUCGUGAAUUGGUGCAACAAAGACAGCGUAUGUUAAAGUACUUGAAGCGUCACGAUGCGGAAAAAUACUUCUACACUAUUAAGAAACUCGGACUCACUGAUGAUUGUAUAGUACGUGAGUUCAAUAUGGAUAAGAACUACUUGCAAGAAUAUAACGUUUGGGAAGACAAGGUGUUGGUUAGAUUAUCUGAUAAAGAAAAGACCAAGGCCAGGAAAAUCGACGACCUUAAGAAGAAGGUCAACCAAUAUAGAGAACUCGCAGGUGUCAGAGCAGAAGAACUUGCAAAGCAUGAAGAACAAAAGGCUACUAUUAGAGCACAAAGAGUGGCUGAAAGUAACCAUGCUAAGACCGAAAACUGA